AUGGCUAAUUUUUCUGGCAAUGGGCAAAAUGGCUAUGACGACUGGGGAGGAUUAUAUCCGCCGGAAGCACGAAAUGAGAAAAAUGAUAGUUUUCGGGAAAUGGAAGCCGUAAUGAAGCAAAUAAGUCAAGAUUGGGAAGAGAUGAUGGCCGAAGAUGUAUGCAAUCAAGAAUUUAACCCGGUACCUCUCUCGCUACAAUUACUCGACGACAGCUCGCUCGGUAAAGACUACAAGGUCUUUCAACGAACAAAGAAAAGCCUCGACAGAGCGCUUCAAUUCAUCGUUAAUGGUACUACUAUCAGGGAUUUAAUAGUUCGAUUGGCGCGUUCGGAGGGGUCAUGCAAAAUAUCGGAGGAAAGGGUCCGAGAAAUGAAAACGAAGUUAAAGGUAUGCAAGGAGGCUUUGACAUCGAAGCGAUCAGAUUUACUUCAGCUGUGGUUCCGUAGUCAGCAAUACAAAGAGAUGAUUCGGAUAUUAGAUUUGAUAGAGGAAUUCAAGGGUACGCCGGAGAAAUUGGAAGUGUUGUUAAGAGAAAAACAUUUUCUAACGGCAUCCAGGUUGUUAUUGGAAUCCAUCCAUACCUUGGAAAGAAAGGAGAUGAUGGGAAUUGGCGCGCUUUCUGAUUUACGGCGAUAUCUAAGAGCACAACAGAGUUCUCUUCAUGAACUUUUGAUCGAGGAAUUGCACAACCAUCUAUACGUAAAAAGCGCAUACUGCGAUAGUCGAUGGGUCAAAUAUGCAAAAGAUCAGACAGAAUUGCCAUCACCACUUAUGGAAUGGAGUUCCGAACGAGAGAUACGUAAAAUGAAUUUCAUGUCAAACGUGAGGAACAAGAAAAGUUUGCAUGUGAACACAUCCUUUCCUUUAAACACACCACUAAGUCCAAAAUCACCCAGGCCGUUUAACAUUUCAAUAUUUGAUGAGGAAGAAGUAAUUACCGAAAAUCUAAAUAUAAACCCGGAAACGGAUUCAUUUUAUUACAUGGAGAUUAUACUCGAGUCUUUGGCAAUUCUAGGACGAUUACCUCAAGCUCUUAAGACGAUCAUUCAACGAAUUCCGAUAGAAUUGUAUCAACUUGUGGACAAGACCGUCGCCGAGGUUGAAGAAAGAAACGCCCACGUGGUUUCCACCGUGAAUACAAAGAAGAGUAAUAAUUUAAUUGACAUGUUUUCUCUCGAAUCCCCCGAGAAUGAUGCGCCGAUGGAGGUCUUGCGAGAUCUAUUAUGGACACUUUAUUCGAAAUUGGAUGCGGUAUUACAAGGUCAUCGAUUUAUUCUUGAUAUUGUUGAAAGGAUAAGCAAGCGGCCGGAAUUCACCAAGAUCACGCAUGAACCUCAGAAGAUUCGAGUUUACCAAUUCGCCGAAAUAUGGAAGCCCGUUCAGAGCGAAGUUCGAACGCUUUUACGUGACUAUAUUACCGACGAUGAAAGGGAAUCGAUGACAAUAAAUGUACCUGAGGCGUCAAUUCAAGAUUCUAUCACGGAAAAGAAACCACGUGAUAUCUCAAAGCAACUAUUUAGAUUCGGGGAUGUCGAUGGUGCAUCAAAUACAGAUCUUGAUAAACAUUAUGAUUCUGAUAUAAAAUCAUACCUUCAAAAUUCACUCCCGGAGCUAUUUUCAAAGGUCCCUGAUGAAAGACAGCUGUCUGUAUUUGUGGUGGACAGAUUUGCAAAUACGAAUAUAACUGCGGGACAUCGACUCGUUAUUAAGCCGGAUGCUUUCAAUGUCACAACAUUGUUUAAACCUACAUUAGCGUUCCUGGAGAAAGUCAAGAUCAUAAUUCCUCCUAGUGAUGACGGAACGUCGGCAGAUUUUACAACAUUUCUGGACGACUUUGUGGUCAACGUGUUUUUGCCUCAAAUCGGAGAUAAGAUUUUUGACUUGUUUCAAAAAGCAACGAAUGAUGCUGGUGCCUUUCAAGAAGAUCCCAGUUAUAAGAGUUUUGCCAACUUUCCCGUGGUUAAGAGUACUUCUGCGUUAAUUAUGUUGGUUGAAACUAUCGUCACUAAAAAUUCCGCCGAAUCUGAUGAGGUGGAAACCGGAAAUCUACAAGGAGUCAGUGCGACCUGGGUGCAGCAAGAUCAGCUGUCCGAAGUUCUGAGUCAGUAUCCUUAUCAAGUCGAUGAUGCCGAUAAAAAUCGUAAAAAACGUCGAAUGCUAUGCGAAAAGGAAACCAGAGUCGAAAUGAACUUGAAGAAAAAUCGAUUCAUAAGAUUCGGAGAAUUAAUAUAUGAAAGCAAGAAGUUGACAUCUUUAGGAUUAUUAUAUCAUAGUUUGAAAUGGUUUAACGCAAAAAUCUGGGAGAUGCGGGGACGCGGCUCAAAACUUGCGGCUUCGAAUGCUAAUAAGAUGGAUGAUAACGGAUUGGGAAAUUACCAACUCGAUUACGAAGCUUAUGAACCGGACCCAUAUGUCGUGACAUUGAAUGCCGAGAUGGUGAAAUUUGAUGAAUUCGUGUUUGAAGGCCUCGAUGCGUUGAUGGAACACGUGCUGAUAUAUAACUCUGUGUACAUAAGGAACUUGAACAGCAAUGGUGUCAUGAAAAUGACGCGCAACAUCCUUGCGCUACAACAAAAUUUAAGGAACAUAGUUGAUAGGCCUGGGGAAAUUUCGAUGGAUCGGGCCAGACAAUACUAUGAUCUGUUUAACAUAGGGCCGGCGAACAUGCUUGAACAAAUAAGAGAACGUGGAUCCGUGUUUUCUCUUGAAGAUUAUAAAACAAUGUUGGAAAUCAUGUACAAGAUUGACCCUAAUGAAGUACAACAAGGGACCUCCAAACGUGACAGUCCAUCAAGCAACAGAAGAUUGUACAAUGAUCAACUUCUAGAAUUGCACGAAUUAAUGAUUGAUUCACUUUAA